CGCUUCUGCAGCCCCUGCCCUUUUGGAGAGGAUGCUAAGGCCCAGCCCCUCAGGACGCAGGGCAGUGACGCUGCCAGUGCCGGUAGCGCUGGAGGGGCGGGGGCUGAGUCAGGCUCUGCUCCCCUCCCUGGUCCUGACGCCGGCAGUUUGGCUCCAUGGGGGAAAGAUCUGCUUACCAGCGCCUGGCUGGGAAUGAGGAGGGCCAGCAGAGGCUGGGGAGCAGCAGCAUGCAGCCGGAGGAGGGCACAGGCUGGCUGCUGGAGCUGCUGUCUGAGGUGCAGCUACAACAGUACUUCCUGCGGCUCCGUGAUGACCUCAAUGUUACCCGCCUGUCUCACUUUGAGUAUGUCAAGAAUGAAGACCUGGAGAAGAUUGGCAUGGGCCGGCCUGGCCAGCGGCGGCUGUGGGAGGCUGUGAAGAGGAGGAAGGCCAUGUGCAAGCGCAAGUCCUGGAUGAGCAAGGUGUUCAGUGGAAAGCGGCUGGAGGCUGAGUUCCCUCCUCAUCACUCUCAGAGCACCUUCCGAAAGACCUCACCCACCCCGGGGGACUCCGCAGGGGAGGGGGCCCUGCAGAGCCUCACCUGCCUCAUCGGGGAGAAAGAUCUGCACCUCUUCGAGAAGCUGGGGGAUGGCUCCUUUGGCGUGGUGCGCAGGGGCGAGUGGGACGCCCCUUCAGGGAAGACGGUGAGUGUGGCUGUAAAGUGCCUGAAGCCUGAUGUGCUGAGCCAGCCAGAGGCCAUGGAUGACUUCAUCCGGGAGGUCAAUGCUAUGCACUCACUUGACCACCGCAACCUCAUUCGCCUCUACGGUGUGGCGCUCACACCCCCUAUGAAGAUGGUGACAGAGCUGGCACCCCUGGGCUCAUUGCUGGACCGACUGCGCAAGCACCAGGGCCACUUCCUCCUGGGAACUCUGAGUCGCUAUGCCGUGCAGGUGGCUGAGGGUAUGGGCUACCUAGAGUCCAAGCGUUUUAUUCAUCGUGACCUGGCUGCCCGCAAUCUGCUGCUGGCCACCCGGGACCUGGUCAAGAUCGGGGACUUUGGGCUGAUGCGAGCACUACCCCAGAAUGAUGACCACUACGUCAUGCAGGAACAUCGCAAGGUGCCCUUUGCCUGGUGUGCACCUGAGAGCCUGAAGACACGCACCUUCUCCCAUGCCAGUGAUACUUGGAUGUUUGGGGUGACGCUGUGGGAGAUGUUCACCUAUGGCCAGGAGCCCUGGAUUGGCCUGAAUGGCAGUCAGAUCCUGCAUAAGAUUGACAAGGAGGGGGAGCGCCUUCCGCGGCCCGAGGACUGCCCCCAGGACAUCUAUAACGUCAUGGUUCAGUGCUGGGCUCACAAGCCAGAGGACAGACCCACCUUUGUGGCCUUGCGGGACUUCCUGCUGGAGGCCCAACCCACUGACAUGCGGGCUCUUCAGGACUUUGAGGAAGUGGACAAGCUGCACAUCCAGGUGAAUGACGUCAUCACCGUCAUCGAGGGAAGGGCCGAGAAUUACUGGUGGCGUGGGCAGAACACGCGGACGCUGUGUGUGGGGCCCUUCCCUCGCAACGUGGUGACCUCUGUGGCAGGCCUCUCAGCCCAGGACAUCAGCCAACCCCUGCAGAAUAGUUUCAUCCACACGGGGCAUGGCGACAGCGACCCUCGCCACUGCUGGGGCUUCCCGGACAAGAUCGAUGAGCUGUAUCUGGGAAAUCCCAUGGACCCUCCUGACUUGCUAAGUGUGGAACUGAGCACCUCCCGACCCACCCAGCACCUCGGAAGGGUGAAAAGGGAGCCUCCACCUCGCCCACCUCAGCCUGCCAUCUUCACUCAGAAACCAACCUACGACCCUGUGAGUGAGGACCAAGACCCCCUGUCCAGCGACUUCAAGAGGCUGGGCCUGCGGAAGCCAGCCCUGCCCCGAGGGCUGUGGCUAACGAAGCCCUCAGCUCGGGUGCCGGGCACCAAGGCGGGCCCAGGCGCCAGCGGGGGUGAGGUCACGCUCAUCGAUUUUGGCGAGGAGCCCGUGGCCCCAGCCCCACAGCCCUGUGCGCCCUCCCUGGCACAGCUGGCCAUGGAUGCCUGUUCCUUGCUGGACAAGACCCCACCCCAGAGCCCCACACGAGCACUGCCCCGGCCCCUGCACCCCACACCUGUGGUGGAUUGGGACGCGCGCCCACUGCCCCCGCCGCCCGCCUAUGAUGAUGUAGCCCAAGACGAGGAUGACUUUGAGGUCUGCUCUAUCAACAGCACUCUGGUGGGCUCUGGGGGCUCUGAGGGGUCCAGCCAAGGCAAGACCAAUUACGCCUUUGUGCCUGAGCAGGCACAGCUGCCCCUGCCCCUGGAGGACAACCUGUUCCUCCCACCCCAGGGUGGGAGCAAGCCGCCCAGCUCAGCCCAGACCGCAGAGAUCUUCCAGGCGCUGCAACGGGAGUGCAUGCGGCAGCUGCAGGUCCCGGCUGGCUCACUGGCCUCUUCACCCAGCCCAGUGGGCGAUGACAAGCCUCAGGUGCCCCCCCGGGUGCCCAUUCCCCCACGGCCCACCCGUCCACGUGGGGAGCUAUCUCCAGCCCCUUCAGUUGAGGAGGAGAUGGGGCGGUGGCCUGAACCUGCCUCUCCUCCCCGCGUUCCCCCUCGGGAGCCCCUGUCACCACAAGGCUCACGGACCCCAAGUCCCCUGGUGCCACCUGGCAGCUCCCCGCUGCCACUCCGGCUCUCAAGCUCACCUGGGAAGGCCAUGCCCACCACCCAAAGCUUCGCCUCCGACCCCAAGUAUGCCACACCCCAGGUGAUACAGGCACCUGGCCCUCGGGCUGGUCCCUGCAUCCUGCCCAUCGUCCGUGAUGGCAAGAAGAUCAGCAACACCCACUACUACCUGCUGCCUGAGCGCCCACCCUACCUGGAGCGCUACCAGCGCUUCCUACGUGAGGCCCAGAGCCCUGAAGAGCCGGCCCCCUUGCCUGUGCCCCUCCUGCUGCCCCCACCCAGCACCCCAGCCCCUGCUGCCCCCACUGCCACUGUUCGACCGAUGCCCCAGGCCGCCCCAGACCCCAAGGCCAACUUCUCCACCAACAACAGCAACCUAGGGGCUCGGCCACCAUCCCUGAGGGCUGCUGCUCGGCUGCCACAGAGGGCCUGUGCUGGGGAUGGGCCAGAGGCCGGACGUCCUGCAGACAAGAUCCAGAUGGUGGAGCAGCUCUUUGGGCUGGGUCUGCGUCCACGGGGCGAGUGCCACAAAGUGCUGGAGAUGUUCGACUGGAACCUGGAACAAGCCGGCUGCCACCUCCUGGGCACCUGUGGCCCUGCCCACCACAAGUGA